AUGGUUUCAGGAAGAAUCCUUGCCCCUAACUCCAAGACUACUCCCGUCUUUCACUAUGAAGGAGAGACGAUCGUCGAUCUUGGAGAUUCUGAAAAUUUCAAAGCGGAUCUCACAGGCAAAUCAUCUGUCCUUGGCUUUGGUGUUGUUGCCAAGGGCCAAGUUCAAUUCAGGGCCCAGUACAUAAUCAGUGGUCGGAAAAACCUCGCCAAUACCUUUGGUCUUUUCCAAAUUGGCCGUGAAGUGCUCAUCUCUGGUCAUAUAACAGGAUACGACCAGGAUGAGUAUAUGUGGAUUGUAAAUGCCUUGUCUGUUUCCAUUGCUUCAGGCCAUCAAAGCGGAAUAUCACAGUCAUCCAGUAGUAAUGCAAAGGCUGCGACUAUGAGGCGUAGACCAGGCCUAAUAUCUUUAGAAGACGAUAAUGACCCUGUUGGGGUUAACACCGGCUCAGCUCACAACAUGCCCAAGGCUAACUCAAUCUCAGGUGAAGGGGCCAAUGGCUCUGGUCCUCUUCCAGAACCGGUCACUGACCCCGGAGCAGUUCUUUCUCCUGGAUCAUACUACAAAAGCCUUGCAUCGACUCCAAGCAGAAAGCGAACUAAGAAGGAAAUCUUAGCUGACGCAAAGAGGGCAAAGGCUGCUCUUGCUUAA